GGAACACCGACACACAGUCGGAAGCGAGGGAGAGCUGAAGCCACUAUAACUUCGUGAUCGUCCAGUUACCGUUACAGGUUUCCCUUCUUCCCUUGAUUCUCGACAAUUCAGGUUGAAAAAAAUGCAAGCGUCAAGCUUUACUUUAAAGGGAAGUGUAGGUUCAGAGCUUCAGAACCGUAGGGUCUUUUCUGGUUUUGGUGGACUUGGAAAUAGAAGUUCAAGUGUGAAGAAUCUUUCCCAGACAGAUAGAGCUUCUGGCUCUGGGUCACGCGUUGCUUCACUGGUUAUGGGAGCACAACUUGCUCCUGCAAGGAUGAGAGUAGAUACCAUCUUCAGGCCAUCUCUGAAGGCUAGAUCAGUCAAGGCUCAAGCUUCAGGUGAAGAUCUUGAGGAUAUUGCCUUAACCAAGCCUCAAGGGAAAUCAUCCGGAUCAGUUUUGCCCUAUGUUGGUGUUGCUUGUCUUGGAGCUAUUUUGUUUGGAUAUCAUCUAGGUGUGGUGAAUGGGGCUCUUGAGUACCUAGCUAAAGAUCUGGGAAUUGCUGAGAACACUGUGUUAAAAGGAUGGGUUGUUAGCUCAACCCUAGCGGGUGCCACUAUUGGUUCAUUCACUGGAGGAUCAUUGGCUGACAAGUUUGGUAGAACAAGGACUUUUCAACUUGAUGCAAUCCCACUUGCAGUUGGGGCAUUUCUAUGUGCUACAGCUCAGAGUGUACAGACAAUGAUAGUAGGCCGCUUACUUGCUGGAAUUGGAAUUGGUAUCUCAUCUGCUAUUGUGCCACUUUACAUAUCUGAGAUAUCACCCACAGAAAUUCGUGGUGCCCUUGGAUCUGUCAAUCAGCUUUUCAUUUGCAUUGGAAUUCUGGCAGCAUUGGUAGCUGGGUUACCAUUGGCAGGAAAUCCUUUAUGGUGGAGGACAAUGUUUGGGAUUGCAAUUGUCCCUUCUGUUCUAUUGGCACUGGGAGCAGGCUUUUCCCCCGAAAGUCCUCGAUGGCUAUUUCAGCAAGGGAAAUCUUCUCAAACAGAGACAGCCAUAAAGACACUUUAUGGAAAAGAAAGAGUUGCUGAAGUUAUGCAUGAUUUAAGAGCAAGUUCUCAGGGCUCCACAGAGCAAGAAGCUGGGUGGUUUGAUCUCUUCAGUAGUCGCUAUCGGAAGGUUGUGAGUGUAGGUACAGCACUUUUCUUGUUUCAACAGUUUGCUGGAAUAAAUGCGGUGGUAUAUUAUUCUACUUCUGUGUUCCGUACUGCUGGAAUUACAUCUGAUGUUGCAGCAAGUGCUCUUGUUGGGGCAUCAAAUGUCAUUGGCACGGCUAUUGCAUCUUCUUUGAUGGACAGGCAAGGAAGGAAAAGUCUCCUACUAACAAGCUUUUUUGGAAUGGCUUCUUCAAUGUUGCUACUCUCCUUGUCCUUCACUUGGAAAGCUCUUGCACCUUAUUCUGGAACACUUGCCGUUCUUGGUACAGUCUUCUAUGUGUUAUCGUUUUCAUUGGGGGCGGGACCUGUGCCAGCUCUUCUACUCCCAGAGAUAUUUGCUUCCAGAAUCAGAGCCAAAGCAGUUGCCUUGUCCCUUGGCGUGCAUUGGGUAACCAACUUUGUCAUUGGUCUGUACUUUUUGAGCAUGGUAACUAAGUUCGGAAUCAGCACGGUCUACUUGGGAUUUGCUGUGGUCUGCCUUCUUGCUCUUUUGUACAUAUCUGGUAACGUAGUUGAAACAAAGGGGAGGUCCCUGGAGGAAAUAGAACUUGCUCUUAACCCUGCAACUUGACUGUUGUACCAGACGUACAGGCAAUAAUGACUCCAAUAAAGCUCAGAGAAAUUAGCUCAGUGGAGGUGAUUUCUCUCCUGCGGAGCAGAAUUUGUUGGUAUGUGUGCUCAAAUGAUGCUUGGACCUGGCAGCUUCAAAUGUUCAUGUUUCAAAAUGUUGUUUAUCAGAGAAAUUGACUGUUAGUUCCAAAUUCCAAUAAACUUAGUGUAACGUCUGUAUGGACAUCUGGAGGCCAAUAUUUGUGAAUCAGGUUACUUUUAUGACUAUUUAUUAGCAAGAAUUUGCCAUUUUCU